UACGCUGCUGUUAUAGAUACUUCACACAGAGAGUCAAAUACAGAGCCUCAAGGCUUCUACCAGGACUUCCAAGGUUUAUUAUUAACCAGUUUUCCGUAUUUUGCAUACUGCUGUUUUAGCCACAACUUAAUUCAGAUCAGAACUUUUUUAAUAGAUCUUUUUCUGUUAAAGUACACCAUUUACUCAGCCUCAAAAAUGAAGCUUUAGCAGCUUGAAGUGUCAGGCAGCAGGCAGAACCAGAGUAGUAGCAUUAAAUGUGAAUAAUACAUGGAGGAAAUUAGGAGUAUCCAUGGUGGAGGUGCAGCAGAGUGCAAGGUGCCAUGUUUGGGGACAACUGCUCUAACAUUCUGACCGUUGACACCAGUCCGACACCUCCGUCAGAAAUCAGUUGGGUCAGUUCCUCAGGCAGCAGCAGUGGACUACAGUACCCACAAUCCUCUGAUAGGAUGUUUCUGUGGGCAGGAAGUAAAACAGAUGGAAGAAAUGACCACAGAACCAUCUACAAUAAGGUCCGUGAAUAUGAUGUCCUGGACAAGAGGAAGACGGUGACGGCUCUGAGGGCAGGAGAGGACAGGGCCAUGCUGCUGGGCCUCAGCAUGGUGCUCCUCUCUGUCAUGAUGUACUUUGUCCUGGGAAUCACCGUCCUGCGUUCCUACUCUGACCGCGUAUGGAUCAACGAGACCACCUGCACCAUUGUGAACUCCAGCAUCGUGUGUGAUGUAAACUGUUCGUACAGCUGUGGAACGGAGUGCUGGAAGCAUUCCCGUUACCCCUGCCUCCAGGUCUAUGUGAGCCUCAACUCCUCGGGAAAAGUGAUACGACUGUUGCACAACGAGGAGACACAGGAAAGCAACCCAGAGUGCUUCUACAUCCCUAAGUGCCAGAAGGACUAUGCAGCCUCACAUGCAAUGGUUCAGAACAUUUCUGAGAGUCUCAAGUCUCAUCACACAGUCCAGUGUUUCGUGGACCCUACGGACAGAAUGGACUGCGCCAUCCUGACGCAGAUCUACAGUCUGGUCACAGUCUUAUAUUCCCUGUUCUGGCCUACCUUCACCUUGAUUGGGGGAACCAUCAUCAUAGCUAUGGUGAAGCUGACCCAGUCCCUGUCCAUCAUGUACGAGCGAAUAAGCCACAUUAAGAAGUGAAGGGUUGGAAUACAAAAAGUCCAAAAUGAAGUUCCUGUUAUAGACAAAUGGGUACAACUGAUAAAGCUUUGAUGGGCCAGACAGAAGACUGAGAUGUGGUCUGUCUUUGGCGUUCAUCAGUGACAAUCUAAACACUGCUGCAAGGGAAGCAUUCUUUUGUGGCGGGGUGGAAAUCAACAUUUAAAGAUAGACUAGUCCUGCUGUUGAAGCUCAAUUAACACUUUUACAACUAUCCUUUUAUAUUUAUUGUAUUGCUUUUAAACGUUAUUUUAUAAUUGCUAUUUCAUCAAAAAUACACAUAUGUGCUUUCUUUGUGGGGAUAAGAAGAAUGAUACCACUCUAGUAUCCAUCCAUGGAGAUGUAUCCAAUUAGCUUAGUUAGCACAGAAACUGGAAGGGAUGGAGGUCAAACAGCUGGCUUGGCUCUGUGCAAAAAUAACAAAAUCCCCGUACCAUCUCCUCUCAAGCUCAUUAACUAACACUGAAGUGAUGAUUGUUUAGUGCAGGCUAACUAUUUCCCUCUGUUACAAAUCUUUGUGCUUAGCUAACAGGCUACCAGUUGUAGCUUGAUAUUUAGCGUACAGACAGAUUUGUUCCAAUAUCCGCAGGUCUCUCUGAGGGAAACGGGCCCUGAUGAAGGCUGCUCAAGACAAAGGCAGCAGCUCAGAUGAGCCAGAGUCAAGCUCGUCAUCAAUCGCUGAGGACUCAGCAGGAGAAAUGUGCACAGAUGAUAAGCUACCCUCUACACAUCGUCCAACUGCUGAACGUCCAUGCAAGAGGACGACAGAUGACUAUGAUAUCACCUCCAAAAAUCUAUUGCAAUGUCAGGGGCACCCACUUGAAAAAAAAAGCGUUUUAUAGUGUCUGUCUUCGCUAUACAUAACUCAGGUUUUGGUUUUAAGGUCUCACACUCCCUUUUCUGGCCUACCUUCACCUUGAAGGGGGACCAAUAUCAUACCUAUGGAGAAGCUGACUCAGUCCCUGUCCAUCUUGUGCUAGCGUCUACGCCUAACUGACUAAUUAAUCAUCCGCAACAAUUGCGCCGAGACUGUAGGAUGAGUGAAUUAGUUUGGGUCCGUUGAUUUCCAAAACCUGCUGUUAUAUUAAAAAGUACGCUGAUGACUUUGCACCAAGUCUUUACUGACCAUUACUGUUGGCAACUCCUUGCAGAUUGAAGUUCGAGGAUGUUGUGGUGAAUUGACAGUGUCCUGUUGUCGAGGAACUCUCUGGAUGCAUUCUUUCUCUACGAUAUCUGCAUUUCUGUGUCCUAUCACUUGUGUCCACUCUAAAUGUAUACUAUCAAUAGACACAAAGUGCCUGUUACCUCUUGAUAAAUAAAUUUGACCCUUUAAUGAUUAUAUAUGUUGAGAUGACUGCACAGUUCAUUAUCUCGUCAUUUGGAUACUGUGAACUGUUUCAUGAUGAUUGAUAGUUUGACAAGCCCAGUGAUUGGCUGGAGAUUAUAUAGAAAUAUACCAUAUUGACUGAAUUUUGUCAUGCCCACUUUUUCAAAUUUCAAAUAUUACAAUAAAGACUUGUUAAAAACUGAA